AUGGCUCCAGUUUUGUGGUGUUUGUGCAGAGGUGGUGCACAACAAACUCCCUGGGCCAAGCUGGGAUUCUCUUUAGCUCCUGGUGCUGUGCCCCUAAAGAAGGAGUCAGAGUCUGAGAACAAGCUGGAUGGAGAGACAGCGUCAGACAGCGAGAGCAAAUGCGACUUUGGGGGUUCAUCCCCGGUGCCGACCUCGGACGACACCCCAGAGGUGCUGAACAGGGCCCUGUCCAACCUGUCCUCGAGAUGGAAGAACUGGUGGGUGAGAGGCAUCCUCACACUGGCAAUGAUCACCUUCUUCUUCAUCAUCAUCUACCUGGGCCCCAUGGUGUUGAUGACCAUAGUGAUGUGUGUCCAGAUCAAGUGCUUCCACGAGAUCAUCACCAUCGGCUACAACGUGUACCACUCCUACGACCUGCCCUGGUUCAGGACGCUCAGCUGGUACUUCCUGCUGUGUGUGAACUAUUUCUUCUACGGCGAGACGGUGACAGAUUAUUUCUUCACCCUGGUGCAGAGGGAGGAGCCCCUGAGGAUCCUCAGCAAAUACCAUCGCUUCAUCUCCUUCGCCCUCUACCUGACAGGUUUCUGCAUGUUUGUCUUGAGCCUGGUGAAGAAACACUACCGCCUCCAGUUCUACAUGUUUGGCUGGACACACGUGACGCUGCUGAUCGUCGUCACCCAGUCCCACCUCAUCAUCCACAACCUGUUUGAGGGAAUGAUCUGGUUCAUUGUCCCCAUCUCCUGUGUCAUCUGCAACGACAUCAUGGCCUACAUGUUCGGCUUCUUCUUCGGCCGCACGCCGCUCAUCAAGCUCUCCCCAAAGAAGACCUGGGAGGGUUUCAUCGGAGGAUUUUUCUCCACCGUUCUGUUUGGAUUGCUGCUGUCCUACGUGAUGUCCGGGUACCGCUGCUUCACCUGCCCCGUGGAGUUCAACAACGACACCAACAGCUUCACCGUGGACUGCGAGCCCUCGGAGCUGUUCCAGCUGCAGGAGUACAACAUCCCCGUGCUGCUGCAGUCCCUGCUGGGCUGGAAAACGGUGCGGAUGUACCCCUUCCAAAUCCACAGCAUCGCCCUCUCCACCUUCGCCUCCCUCAUCGGGCCCUUCGGGGGCUUCUUUGCCAGCGGCUUCAAAAGGGCCUUCAAAAUCAAGGACUUUGCCAACACCAUCCCGGGCCACGGGGGGAUCAUGGAUCGCUUCGACUGCCAGUACCUGAUGGCCACCUUCGUCAACGUCUACAUCGCCAGCUUCAUCAGAGGCCCCAACCCCAGCAAACUGAUCCAGCAGUUCCUGACCCUGAGGCCAGAGCAGCAGCUGCACAUCUUCAACACGCUCAAGGCACACCUGGUGGACAGGGGGGUUCUGGGGAGCCUGGAGGAGGCGUAGAGCUGCCUGCAACAGGACUGGGAACAGGUUCUCCUCCAGGGAAUCCCUGCCUUGCCUGAUCUAAGACAAUAACAAGGCCUCGUUUCACUGUAACUUUUCUUCCUUUCUUGGUAAAUGUUUGCAUUUGUGGU